AUGCGCGGCGGAGACCUCAGAUUUCGGCGGACGUUGUUUUGGGCCGUCGGCUGUUGCAAUUCAUGUUGGAAAAGAGGUUGGGGCGAUUUUUUGUUGUCAUCCGAUGCACAGAUGGCAAAAAUUUCGUGCUUUUUAUCCCCGGCGGAGGAGUGGGCGGAGGCUUUAUCAAAGGGUCAAAACAAAACUCCGCCGAUUUGUCCGCCGGACCAAAAAAAUCAAAAAUCUUUGAAAGAUAAUGUUGCUCUGAUGGAUUCUUGUAGCUGAGAUUUUUCCCGGACUCGUAAGACAGCUUUGACCCUUUGAUCAAGCCUCCGCCGGGGAAAGAAAUUAACGACAUUUUUGCCAUCUGUUGCAUCGGAUGACAACAAAAAAUCACCCCAACCUCUUUUCCAUCAUGAAUUGCAACAGCCGAAGGCCCAAAACAACGUCCGCCGAAAUCUGAGGUCUCCGCCGCGCCUCCGCGGAUUGCGUAAAAUCGAAAACGCAAAAAAGCAUGCCGUAAAAUCCACGGAGGUUUAACGUAAACUUGAUUUCAGCCGUUGCAACGGCGUUUCCGCCACGUAAUACGAUGUGAUUUUUCAAAAAGGCCCUAAUUUUCUCCGCCGAGAAAUGGGCCCUCCGCCGACGAAAAAAAAUUUUUUUAGAGAUUCUAAAAACGCACGACGUCAAUUUUUAGAAGCAAAAAGAAAUUCGUUGAUAGCUGCAAAGACAACAAAGAUAUAAUUAUUUGUUCCAAAUUUCUUGAAACACCCUGUAUUAACCAUGGUAAUUUUUUCAAAAUUUGUGGAAGAAAACAUCUCCUCUCGCCUGGUUUUCACAUAAUUAUGCAGAAAAUGCCAUGGUUUGCUGAAGAUUCCCAAAGAAUUUGCAUAAAUCGACCAGCACUGAAAGUAUAAAAGCCGUGGAUCGACCGCUUUUCGGUCACGUUUUCGCUUGUUGCGUGCGAGUCAAGUUGUGCCCUUCCGUUCGAAAGAAGCGUUUGGAUUUGUGGAGCAACCAAGAAUUGUAAGCCUCCCCGAGGGGCAAUUUAGCGGCCAAAUUGUUGAUCGAAAAUUUCGACCGGGCAAAAUUUCAGUCCGUUUUUCUCACAGUGUACAGGGUGGGCCGCUCGAAACUGACAAGUUGUUUCUUUGAAUUUCUCCGCGGAGACUCUGCCGAUUUUUCUAAAAUUUAGAUUUUUCUGGAGCUGAACCCGCCGUUUUCAACCGACUGAAUUUCAAAAAAACAUGCUUUAAAUUAACCUUUCCAUGCCUUUUCAAAGUUUUGAAAAAUUAUUUUCAGGCCGAAACCGCUAAAACUUAAAAAAUUUUUGGAAUGAUUUUCAAUUGACUUUCUCGGACUUGGAAAAUUUUUGGUUUUUUUUUGGGGAAAUCGUGGAGUAAAAAGUUGCUAGUGCUCGCCUUAAACUUGUUUAAAGCAAAUUGAAAGCCACAAGAGGGUUGUUUGUAUUACCAUUAGGGCACGAACGUUCAAAAAAAGAAGAUUUCAAAAAGAUUGUUAAAUUCGACGUCAAUGGUUAUCGAGUCAGGCCUGGGGCAUCUGGAAGCUCAGAGCCCGGCCUGAUUGAAGUUAAACCAUAUUCACGAUACGUAAUUAUAGCUGUUCAUGACUCUCAAAGGCACUGCAAGUUUGUGAUGCGAGAGGAGGUGGGCAUAAUAUAAUAACUCAGAUAGAAACAUUAAUAAUCAGAUUGUUAAAUAAAAUUGGUUUUGGACAAUAUUUGAUAACUAUCUGAGGUAAAACAAAGAAAAUUUCACCCAAGAACUCGGAAAAAUGACCAAGUUUUCAAAAUCAUUCCAAAAAUUUUCCAAGUUAUAGCGGUUUCGGCCUGAAAAUAAUUUUUCAAAACUUUGAGAAGGCAUGGAAAGGUCAAUUCAAAAUAUAUUUUCUUGAAAGUAAGUCGGUUGAAAAUGGCGGGUCUCAGCUCCAGAAAAAUCUAAAUUUUGGAAAAAUCGGCGGAAUCUCCGCGGAGAAAUUCAAAGAAACAACUUGUCAGUUUCGAGUGGCCCACCCUGUACAUCGCAAAAAAUCACUUCAGUGAAUUUGCGAACGAGUUGGUAAUUUCAGUAUAGGAAAGUGCCCUUCAACAUCGUAUUAGCUCUUAUGGAGCUUUUUACCUUGUCUUACAAAUUUUCUGCUUUUUUUUGAAAACCGCAGAUUUUCAAGUAUGCCAAAUUUUUUCUAAUCUAUACAUUUUCCGGCUUCAAGACGAUUGGCAAGACAUUCCUCUUGCUCACCCUCACCUUCUUCGUCGGUACUGCCGAGAUUUUUGGCCGUGACCAGGCCGCCGGAGCCACAGGAAAGCUCUUAUGUAAGGGCAAACCAGCAGUCGGAGUGAGCGUCAAACUCUGGGACGACGACAGUAAGUUUUUUAGGCCAUACCUAGAUUCGUAUUUUAAAAGCAUUUGCAGUAAAAAUCUUACGUUGAGAAAAUCAUACUUCAUAUUUUAGGCCCGGACUUGGACGACAAAAUGGAUGAAACCACAACCGACAGCGAGGGGCGAUUCCAACUGGAAGGACAUGCUAGAGAAUAUACGAAUAUCGACCCCAAAAUCAACAUUGACCACGAUUGUGACGAUCGCUGGGUAAGUAUUUCUUAUGCGAAAAAUAGCAAAAAAAAUCCUAAUUUAUUUUUGCACCACUUCUAGCUAUGCCAACGCAGACUCACGAUCUACAUUCCUGACAGUUACAUCAACGAUGGCGGUCGCGCGGAGCGUUUCUACGACGUCGGAGUAAUCGAAUUGUCUGGCGAAUUCGAAGGAGAAAAGAGAGACUGCAUUCACUAG